AUGAAGACUAUAAGGCGUAUAUUUGUACUAGCAGUUCAACUUACAUCUCUAGUAUGGAUAAGCUAUGAACUGACAAAAUUUCUACUUUCACUCAAGUGGGAGAAAUCAUUCGGCUUAUCACCAUAUGAUAGUUUCUCAAAUAGUGCAUUACUAUAUGAUGGUUACUCAAAUUUAUCAGUUAAAACUGAUCAAACAUAUUAUAUUUCCUCACAAAUGCGGAAGCAUGAAAACAAAAUUACACUCGGAUUUACUGAGAAAGAUCUUGAAGAAUUAUAUGAAGUAAGAUCUGUUUCAACUCGUAAAAAGAUAAUUCUGAACUAUGGAAACCUUACAAUCAAUAUUAUUCGGGACUUCUCAAUCUGUUACGCUUGUGAUUGUGAAUUGAUUUUCGAUAAAUCAAGAUGGCUUGAAGCCGAUGUUAUCAUCUUGACAGAUCAUUUGUAUCCUGUAGGUCCAAGACCACCAAAUCAGUUAUGGUUCAUUUUUGUACAUGAACCUCCCCCAAUCAUUAAAAUUGCUGAUGGAUUGGAAAAUAAA